AUGGAGGUGGGCCGGAUCCCUCAAAGUGAGGAGACUUAAAUCCCCCGACACAGCAGAGGAGGUUCCUUGCAGGAGGUGAAAGGAGGUUCAUGCGUGUGGGGUGAAUGAACCGGGAACUGGCCGAGCUUCUGAACACCGACAUCAGCGAAUCUCCUCCAUAGUGACACUGGCAUCCAGUGGCGGGACUCUGCAAAUGAAGACACUCUUCGUCAGUGCAACAUAACAAAACAAUUCAAGCCACAGAAAUAUGUGCAAAAAGAGUUUUUUUGUUUUUUUUUCUUCCACUUACACCCACUCACCGCAGUGAGAUUUUGACUUGUGCUGCCCUUGGAUGACGAGUUGUCAUGAUUAUUGCUCAUCAUGUAUGAAAAGGAAGGUUGUGUAGAUUCCAUGUAGGCCUCUCCGAGCAUGCCUCGACUUGCUGAUGAGCACAGCAGAAGGCUCAUUAGCUUGUGCUCCUAAUCACUUUGCCCUCUUGUGGAAACAGUCUGAGUUUAGUGGGCCAUUUCAUUAUGUGACUUGGUAGACAUAGUCCCCGAGAUCACCAUGCACACGACUUGCCACUAUUUCUGAAUACAUUUUGGUAUAUUACUGCGUUUACCGUAAAGAAAUGAGCUACACCAACUACUGGGUCGUGGACUACGACCUCUCCUCUCCGGCGCCGCCCAGCUUCGCCAGGGGUCCCACGGUGCUCCAGCCCAUGGCGGGACACCCCGAGCAGGCCACGGCUCUGUGUUUCGUGGGCCUGCUGGUGCUCCUGCUGCUCUUCCUCUUGGUCCGCUGCGUGCGGAUCCUGCUGGACCCCUACAGCAGCAUGCCGGCGUCGUCGUGGACAGACCACAAAGAGGGUCUGGACAGAGGACAGUUUGAUUAUGCAUUGGUGUGAAGGCAACAAAUGGUGCAGAUGAGACAAAUUGGAGCUGUUGUAUCAUAUCAUUCAGGAGUCCAUUUUCAAGAUAAUUUUAAUCUUUAUUGCAAUUGCACAGUGUACAAAGCAGUCCAGGAGAGAAAUUUGUCCAAAGACCCCCUCACAAUCCUAACGCCAGUUAAACAUAACUACCAUGUGUAUAACUAAAUGCAAUAUGAAUUAACAAGUUGCCUAUUUUUGAUAGAAAAGUCAUAAUGUAACUAUAACAAAUUCAUAUUUCAGCAAAAAAAAGGCAUAUUUUUCCAAGUUAAAAUAUUAUGAUAUACAAGUCAAAGUUUAACGGGGGAAGUGUCAUAUUUACCAGGUAAAUUUCAAAACUCUUAAUGUUAUGAUAGAUUUGUAGUUUUAUUGAAAAAAAAAGUAAUAUUAUUUACAAUAAAGUUGUAUUAUUUUAAUUUUUUAGACUUUACAAGAACAAAUACAUAUUUUGUCAGGGUGAAAGUUUGUACUCUGACAAGGAUACAUUAUUAUUAUUUUUUUUAAAUAGGGUUUUAAUCCUGUGUGCUCAUCUUUUGCUCUAUAAUAAUAAUAAUAAUAACAACCCAUCCUCAUUCAUGCCCAAACAUACUCAACAGUCUAAUUCCGUGGGUACAGGGCCUCUCUCUAGUGGUACUGUAUGUGAAAGAAUCACUGCCAACGCACGGUUCUGUUGCAUUAACUUUAACUUAUAACUUUUAAGUUCAAUACAUUUGCAUUUGCUGUUUAAAAACUGUUUGUUUUUAAACAUUUAUUUUGAUAAUUUUUUUAGUUCAAAGGUUUUGUGCAAUACAUUUUCAUUAAAUCAUUAUUUAAUUUUUAAAAAAGUGUCAUAUUCCGAAGCGCAGUUUAAAUGUUCAAACAGUGCAUAAUGUUAGUAGUUUACAGUAAGAUCAAAUAGAAUUUUCUCGGAAUAAAACUUCUUUUAAAUUUCGUGAGCACAUGGGCCUACUACGCGACUGCGUUUUAAUGUUAAUUAUAAUGGCACUUAACAUUUUUUUAGGCCGCACUUUGUGCAAAAAAAAAACAACAAAAAAAACACUGGCCUCAUCAGUCAUUAGGCAAUUUUAAGCAAGUCACAUGAAAAUAUGUUGUAUUUGAAGUUCAUACUGGAACUAUUCUCUACGAUGUAUAACUUGUAUAGCUGUAGUUUCAACGUGGACUGUUCAGGUGACGCUCAGGUAGAAUUCUAUUGACCAAAUAGUGCACCAUUAAUGCGAUGCUUUUCUAUCUGUAAUUUCCCUGAUUGCUGUUAUAAAAUGUACAGUUUAUGAUGCGUGACGAUCGUUUAUGGUUUUGCUAGUCCAUUUAAGUGGCCUGUAAUGUUCAAAAUGGAUGCACAAUCUAAUGAGAUGUAAUACCAGAGCUGGAUUGAAAAUGUUAUCUUUGCAAAAAGACACAAUGUUCACUUUUGGCAAACAUUCAAAUAUUGGAUUUCAUUAGGUUGUGCAGGUGUACCUAAUGAAAUUUUCAGGUGAGAUAGUGAUGGCUUUAAAAGUAUGUAAGCCAGUCGUCCAAUCCUGUUUUUCUCGUCCUCAGUUUUUCUCGUGCUCAGUUUUCUCGUCCUCAGUGAGUGCACCAGCCAAAUAUGUUCAACAGUGCCUGUAGAGAUGAGACCAUGUGUUGUUGCCACAACUAUUUUGUACCCCUUGUUUUGUAAAAACUCUUCUGCCCUUUGAGCCCUAUA